UCCUCUUCCCACCUUGCGCCGCCCCCCUCUCCGCACAUUCUUUCGCUGCAGCAGUAUCGCUUCACUCUUUCAGUGAUACCUGCAUCCAUUCAUUCGGCUCUAAACCACAUUCCCUCGCCAUUACGUGUCCCUGCUUCUGAUAAGCUAAUUCGCUCCUUAAUUGCUAUUAUCGACGACCGCAUCAUCUAUCAGCACCAUCGCAACGCUAUAACGACCCGUCUACCACCCUAUAUCUACCACAAUGAAAUCCAUCCAGCUCCUCGUGGUGCGCGGAGAUGAACAGAAGGGCGGCCUCGACCCGACCAUGGUCAGCCUUCUGGUGUCGCUUUUGGUCCUGGUCAUUCUCGGAAUGGCCUUGAUCGGUGCGCUAUUGUUCCUUCGGAGCAUGCGCAGGGCAAGGAAGCAAGCAGAGGCUCAACUCCCGCUGUACGAGAAGAGGCAGUCGAACCAUCGCCGCUUGACCAUUACUGCGACACCAUAUGGCAAGGGACGCGAAUCGGUCCUGGUUUUCCAGGAGAAGCAGAACCUGAUGGACAACUCCUCCAGCCCUCCACCAAGCCCGGUCCCUGAGAUUCGCAUCACUUUUCCUGACGAGGUGGACGAGUCCGGCAAGCGACAGUCUGGUCGCGUUGUCGUUGUUCGAGUUGGAGAGCACAGCGUCGGCCUGGAGCCUUUGCAGGAGGAACUUCCGCCGUAUCAGCGCGAUGCGUCGGACCGCUUCGACUCGCUCGAUCUUGAUCGCCUUGGUGGACUGAAAGAGAAGGACGACAAGUACUACUCGUGAGCUGCGGGCUCCCGACUAGCGCCGACCGAACCGCCUCGCCAUACCGUAAUCCUCGAACAAAUGCCGCUUGGCUACGACCUUGAUAUCUUGAUGACGGCUUUUUUGCGCUGAUUGUCAAGUUGGAUACCCUUCUUCUGGCCCGCUGCCAUUGUCGAUCGGUGGCUCUGAUUGUGGAUAUGGCUCGGGCCGUGGCUUCUAGCCCGUUGUAUAUUCUCGGAGAUGUAUGGC